AUUCAGCAUUGACAGUUGACCUCGUUUGACCUCUAUGUCGUUUGUCGUUCUGAGAGGUUAUUCAUCUGUGAAUUCUGUGAUAUUAUAAGCACCAUAAAACUUACACCGGUAAAUCAAAGUUUCUUCAAAAGUUUUAAGAUUGCUUCCUGCAGGUUGAGUUCCAGGGCAACAUAAAAUAGAAAUGAAUAUCAAUAGAAAGGACGGAGGUCCGGGCUACGUCGGCAUACAAUUUUGUCAAGAGUGCAACAACAUGCUUUACCCGCGCGAGGAUAAAAACAAUAAAGUUCUGUUGUACGCCUGCAGAAAUUGUGAUUACAAGCAACUGGCGGACUCAAACUGCGUGUACGUGAACAAAAUAAUGCACGAAGUCGACGAGCUGACUCACAUAAAUCCGGACGUUGUGAGCGAUCCAACGUUACCCCGCACGAAGGAUCAUAUGUGUCCAAAAUGCAACCAUAGAGAGGCGGUAUUCUUCCAGGGGCAGACAAGACGAGCUGAAGAAGAAAUGAGGCUGUACUAUGUGUGUACCAGCUGUAAGCAUAGGUGGACUGAGUGAAGGACUGUAGUGUUAAUUAAUAAGUUUAAGAAUAUAGCAAAUGUAAUUAUUUUUUAACUUAAAAUAAUCAAAACGCAUAUAAGGUUUUGUCCAUGUUUCUGAUAUAAACUUCUAAGAUGUACACCCUCCCGCCACCUGUAUUCCCUGCUACAUAUAUUUUGAGUUAAUAUAUAUUGUAUAUUUAAAUUUUGAAAAUUCCCUCUGAACUGUAAAAAUUCAUUCAUUUCUAAUAGACUUACUUGAAAUAUCACCUACAUUGCAUAUAGAUAAGCUAACAGUAAUCUACUACAACACCAAAAUUGAGUUAUAUUAUCUCCUUCUUCUUCUUUUGAUUUAUGGCUUUUCGUAGUGCCAAAAUAUUAUCUCCUGUCUGAUCCCACAUUUUGACUUAUGGGUCAAUGGAAUUGUUACUGUGUAUCUGUGAAAUUCAGUCAGAGAGAGAUAGGAUAUUAUGACUAAGGAACUCAUGCUACAUGAAUGAAUAAAAAAAAAAUUUGUUUCUUUCGUUUAUUGCAUAGUAAAUCAUACAUAUUUUGGUAUGUAGCACAUUUUUGGUUAAUUUUAUUAUAAAGAGUGGUGACUUGCAUAAUGCAUUGUUGAUGAGCCAAAGCAGUCCUUGUUCUAUCUCUGAGUCAAACAUUAAAUAACACAUAUUCUUUGCUUUUCAUCAAGUUGACUAGUAUCAGACUUUGUUUUAUGCAUUUUCAAAAUAGAGUUUAAGAUAUACAAUUUUUAGAGUGGGAUGAAUUUAAUUUUGAAUAAAUCCUGUAUUAUGGGUAUGUUCCCUAAACUUA